UCUAGCCGAAGCAUCACCUUGACGAAAUACCAUUCUACUAGAACAUCACCUCGCUCCACGCGCACCGCGAAUCGCGCACCCGAGGCCAACGAUCACCCUUCCAAACCCCACCAUAAUCUUACACACGCUCUCCGCUCCUCACAAUGGGCGGCCCCAAUCUUGAGGUCUUCAAGUUCGGCAUGUACAUUCUCUUCCCGAUUGGUGUUAUGUACUACUUCGGCACAAACCUCGAUAAUCGCUUCUCUGUCCCCGAUUUCUGGCCCAAGGAAGGACAAACGCACAAGAUUCCGUUUGAGAGAGAGGAGAUUAAGUCAGAGUUGGAGAGGAUGAAGAGGCAGCGUGCGGAGGCGAAGACGCGGAGGGAAGACGAGGAACGGAGGAUGAGGGAGAUGAUGAUCAGAAGGGAGGAGUAGAGAAAGUGCGGCUGUGCGCACCUUUU